AAGUUUGAAAGUAUGUCACCCCAGUCUUUGGUGCUCAGAGGUGAGACUGUUAUAACUCUCAUUUCGAUCGUGCAGUGUAAAAGGAUUUAUAACUCUGUGCUUGUUCACCUUUAACCUACAGGAAUUUGUAAGAGUUAUAUCCCCUUUUUUAAAAAAUCAAGACAAUGGCGAACUACAACGACAGCCAUUUUGAUAAUAUUGAAAUGCAGCCAGCGGUUGGAUAUAGAUCAGCCAGUGACAGACACAACUCACAGCCAGGUCGAAUCAGCUCUCAGACCACGCCGAGGAUCCACAUCCAAGCUGAAGAAGACCCAACUAGGCUCCAACCUAGACGUGACGGGAACAUUGCUGACCUCAACAGUCUCAGCCAUUCCGUCAGGUCAGACAAAAGUCUGCUCAGCGCUGACCACCCGAGCAAGUCCAAUUCCAGUUUAAACAAGGUGCAUUCACUCAGCAGCGAAGACCUGAUGAAACUAGAGAGGUUUGAAACUCUACGAGUGUCUUUCAUUGAUAGAAAGAAAGGGGUUGAAUACGACGCUAAUGGUGAUAUACUACCACCGUCAUCAGCAGACGACACAGACAACAACCACGGCGACUACUACCCGGAAGACUAUCCAGAUAACUAUCCAGAUAACUAUCCAGAAGAUCAGUACCAGACCUCGCCAGAUGGGUACGCCUCACCCACUGAGGGCAGAGGCAGAGACUCGUAUGGAAACUACAAUUACUCUUCGGACCAUCCACCGGCGUACCCAACAAGCUACAGUCAAGGCGAGGCGCCCGGAGGGCACGCGGACUACCAGACGAACGGAAGUGGCUACGCUUAUGGGUCACGUCUAGAAUGGCAAGGAGGGACGUUCAAUCCAUCGCCAGCAGACCCGACAUUUUCAACGGGACAGAAUACAGGGCCAAAGAUUCCAAACUACAUCCACUGCAGUAUUGUGGUAGCCUUCUUGUUUUUCUUUCCUGUCGCCGUCAUAGCCACCAUGUAUGCUGUCAAGGCUUUCAAGAUGAAAAAUGCUGGUCGCCAUGCAGAGGCCAAGGCAUUGGCCAAGCGGGCCUUGCAUCUGAACAUACUGGCCGUGGUCCUGGGUGUCAUUGGUUACGGUGUCACGGGAUUUAUGAUCUGGUACAAUGUGAAACGAAUAGAGAAAUAUACUGGAUGACGGAAGUGCUGCUCCGCGAAAGUUUUAAAAAUAUUAUUCAGACUUUAAACAGUUGAAAGAAGAAAAUAACUCGCGAGUCAUUAAACACUUGAAUUUAGUCGAAUGAGACUAUGUCAUGACUAUUCUAUCAAAAGUAGAAAGUACAUUUGUAGAGAUUAAUAAAAUAUAGUUGUUUCCCUUUAAAUAUACACGAAUUCAAACAAUUGAAUAAAGAUUGUCAUGCAUGGCAGAAAAACUAAAAAUAGCAAUAUUUCCGGUGUAUCCGGUACUAAAUAAUGGAUGCUAUGAUUAGCUAUGUAUUUUCAAAUUUUAGCGCUUUCGUUUGAAACACAAACUCAUUUCAGUAUGGAGAAGGCAUUAGACUUUCACUCUGACUUGACAACUUAUUUGAAAACAAAUGGGCAACUAAUUAGCGGUGAUUAAGGAGAUUUGGUACGAAGUUCAACCGUCACGCCAGGGAGAUAUUGUUACAAUAAAUGCUCAUUUAUUAUUAAAGUUGACAACACUGAAGCUCAGCUUAUCAACCUUGACAUAAUUCAGUUUGUGAGUCCAACACUGAAUUCUAGUGUUUAGAGGCUAAACUACCACACGCGUCUAAAGGAUUAAGUUGACAAAACUGAAUGGAUACCUCACACCUGCAUUGAACGAUCUACACUGAAUGGAUACCUCACACCUGCAUUGAACUGUCUACAAAUGUUCAGUAUCUAUGGAGCAGACCAAUUAAUAUUUACAACUAGUUAGGAAUGAGAUUUGAAGUGGCGAGCUUGAAGAUCCUAUAGUGUUCACAUUUGCACCAUCUUUAGUGUAAGAGUGGUGAUAAGUUGCUAAGACUUGCCAUAGUAUCCCCUUUCUCCGUCAGCUGCCCCAGUUAGUUUUCUUUACCCUCUUUCUGGUUAUUCCUGCCUUUCUUUUCCAUAGUUGCUUCCCUUUCUUUUCCAUAGUUGCUUCCCUUUCUUUAUCAAUUUCAUCAAAACUAGAAAUGUUGAAAAACUGCUGAUUUAAAGUAUGGAAUUAAAAAAAAAGGACAAACUGGUAGUUGCCGGCUAGUAUUAAUUAAAUUUUAAACAAGCUCUCUGUAUAUAAGCUUGUUUUGAUUUCAUUGAAUUAAUUAUUACCAGCUUCGAUAGUUUCCUUUGCUCGUAAGCAAAACCAUGCACUUGACUUGUAUCGAUCUGUAAUUUAAAAUUUAUUGAUUUUUUUGUCUUUGUUGUUAUCAAACAUUAAUUGUAAUGAACAAAUUUGUAUGAAAUCUUAAUUAAUCAUUUAUUAAUUUAACUUAGUAGCAUUUGUAUUUCGUAAUUUGAAACAUACAAAGUUUAUAUUUUUACUUUAUUAAAUUGAGAAUAUUACAUUUGUAAUAUUCAUAACAGAUCAGAGCUAUAGCCUACAUAAUUCAACAAAACAUAUCGUGUGUAUAUAAGCCUAUAAUCUAUUGUUCAGCUCUUUCGCGGUGCUGAGUACUUGAAUUAGAAACAAAUCCAACUGAGGUAACACCGAACUCAAUGCUGAACAUGAACACCGAACGAAAGGCCAACAGUCGAUAAAUGGAGACGACGCUAGUGUUAAACAAUAAACACUUUUAAUACUCAAAGAGAGGAACGUCGAAUGUCAUCUAAUACUACCGUCUUAUAUAUAAUGCUUCUUGUUUCUACUGUGAUAAGAAAAGCGUCUUCUUUCUAGCGUCGUCUAGAGUGUUCUUACUUUUUAAAGAUCUAUCACGUCAUUUGUCACUAAGUAAAACUUUCAACUCAUUCCCGAAAUUACUAAUCAUGUCAUAACACAAUAUAACUUUUGUUAUAUAUAAAUGUAUAUAUAAUGUAUAUAUUUAUCUUUUGUGAAUAACUAUAAAUCUAGGAGCUAGAGGUGUUAAUACAUUUUAUUAGUUUAGCUGCUUAUUUUAUGAAUACAUUGUAAUAGUCACACUUUUGUUUGGAAUAAUGCAAUAGUUUUCAAGUUUUUGUUGUAGACCUAGUCACCUAAGUCCUUUACUAAAUUGUUACCCAGCCGUCAAUGUCAAGGAGUUUCAUCCCAUUUCUAUUUACUAUAUACAUACAGAUAUAGUUUAAAGUUUAGCAUACGUUUUGUAAUGCCUCGAAACUAAAAUAAUCACAAUGUGAUGGUUAGCUGUAGUAAAAUUUCUUAAACGUUAUUUAGGUUUUAAUACUUUGAAUAUAUUGUUUUAUAGCCUUAACAUUGUCAUUUGAAACUAAUGCUUUUUUUUUUCAAACAAAUUGUGCAGCUACUUUGACAGCUUAUGUAUCUCAAGCUAGAUAUUUUGCUAUAGCAAUAUUCAGUCAUUUUUAUUCCAAAUUAAUAUAGUAUCACGAACAUGUACCUCAUUAACAUGUAGCCUCACGAACAUGUAGCCUCAUGAACAAGUAGCCUCAUGUACAUGUAGCCCCAUGAACAUGUAGCCCCAUGAACAUGUAGCCUCAUGAGCAUGUAGCCCCGUGAACAUGUAGCCUUACGAGCAUGUAGCCUCACGAACAUGUAGCAUCAUGAGCAUGUAGCCUUAUGGACAUGUAACAUUAUUAGCAUGUAGCAUUACGAACAUGUAGCCUCGUGAACUUUGAAAAGUGUUUGAAAUUAAAAAUAAUUCAAUACAAAAUAAAUA